GGGUGCGUGUGUGAGCUGGGGCGGGGUGGGCCCCAGGAGCGCCCGCGGGCUGCCGGGCGGGCGCAGGCUGAGUCACGGCCGCGCUAGCCUUUUAUAAACGCUGGGCGACUCACGGAAACCGCUGGGCAGCCCGCUAGCCCGCAGCUCCACGCUCCAACAAGAGCCGCCGGCCCCUCGCUCCCAAAGGCCGCCAAACGCCUCCAGUCCCGAGGGCGCCAUGAGGAACGGAUGCUGCGUCCCGCUGCUGCUCCUGCUGCUGCUGUCGCCGCUGCUGUUCACGCCCCCUGCGGGGGAUGCCGCCGUCAUCACCGGGGCUUGUGACAAGGACCCCCAGUGUGGUGGAGGCAUGUGCUGUGCUGUUAGUAUCUGGGUUAAGAGCAUAAGGAUUUGCACACCUAUGGGCAAAGUGGGAGACAGCUGCCAUCCACUGACUCGUAAAAACCAUUUUGGAAAUGGGAGGCAGGAAAGAAGAAACAAGAAGAGGAGAAAAAGGAAAACAGAGGUUCCAUAUUUUGGGCGAAGAAUGCAUCACAUGUGCCCAUGUAUGCCUGGCUUAGCCUGUUUACCGGCUUCACUCAACCGAUUUGUCUGUUUAGCCCAAAAGUAAUCACUUUAGAGUAGAAACUUUAAAUGUGAACAGCCACAUGAUUUCUGUAAAGUCUAUUUUUUUUGUGAUUGUACCAAAAAAUAGUAUACCAGAAAGAAAUGCUAUUACUUCCUCGACUUUUCAAGUAACCUCUCUAGCUUUGAUUUAAAUGACCUCUUUUUAUUGAAAGGAUUUUAACUUUGGAUAGAAAUGUAACAUGCAAGGUGUUAUAGAAUUAGUUCUCAUUUCCCUGUUUGUUUUGAUUUGGUUUUGCUUUUUAAAAUGCCAGUAACCUAUUUUCACAGAAAUGAGGAGAAUAAGAAUUCGAUAUCUUAUCACAGAAA